AUGCUAAGAGUAGAGGACAACGUUGGGAUCAAUAAAUCAUUUCGUCGCAUGUACAAGAAAGGAAAUGUUAGACCGCGGAAUGCAUCUGAAAGACGAAGAGGUAUUGAUGAAGCAUUCAUGGAGGAGUGUUCACAAUAUGUUUUGUUGGGGGAACCACCAAAAAAGAUCAAAGAAUCCCGACGUGUACCAACAAAAGGCAUCGAAAAAGAAUGGAUCGCGUCGGAGACUGAUAAGUUUAAAGAAGCAAAGAGCAAGGGAUUGGAAAAAAGGAAUAGAAGAAGGGAAGAAAAGAGCAAAUCUGAGCCCAACAAGCCUCCAAUGCCAUGUUCAGCAAUUGCAGGAGUGCUGGAGAAACCCAAAGAACAGGAGUCCCAAAAUCAGCAAGAUCCUGACCCAACUCAAAUGUCUUCUUCAACGACAUCAGAAUUGCUGGAGAAACCGGAAAAACAGGAGUUCCGAAUUCUGCAAGAUCCUGGCCCAACUGGAGAAGAGACUUACGAACGUGUCCGUGAGUGGCUAGAUGAAGUCGCGAAGACGGAGCCGGAAGUUUUCUAUGACGAUUUUGUCGAUUUCGAAUAA